GCGAAGAAGCGGAAGCUCCGUCGGUGCGAGAAGCAGCAACCACUGCACGACAGCAGCGGCAGUGACCGUCCCCGGAAUCAGCCAUGGAGUCGAGGGAGCGCACGCGUGCGGCCGGCUCGACAGAAACCGCCGAGUGGCUCGAAAAGCUGCCCCGAGUGCUGAGCAGGCGCAGGAUCCCCAUCUUCAUCUUCGCCUUCAUCGGAGUCCUGACUGUGGCCGGCGCCUGCUUCGCUGCAGUCACGGCAGUCGUUCUAUACAGGUCGGCCGUGCACGAGCUCACCGGCGAGGAGGAGGCAGACGGGCCCAUCGCGCUGUCGGGCCCGUUGCCCAAUGGCAUGCCGUCGCGGCUGCGACCGGCGGCCGACGCUCGCCGUGUCUUCUGCAUCUACAACAAUCGUGUCUCGGAGCGCCAGCCACUGUUGAACUUUAGCAUCGAAGAUCUCAAAGUGCACUUCUGCGACGACAUCGUCUACGGCUUCGUGGGCCUCGACGGCACGUCCACCAACAUUCGUAGCAAGCAUCCCAAGUACGAUUUUCUCGAGGAAGGCUUGAAAAGGUUUGUGGGACUGAAACGGUCCAAGCCAGAGGUGAACUUGUGGGCGUGCCUCGGAGGGAGUGUGGACGACGGACCGCGGUUCGUGGCGCUCGUCAAGGAACGGCGCACGCGGGUGACAUUCGUGCGCAACUCGGCCGAGUGGCUUCGCCGCAACGCCUUCCAGGGGCUGCUCAUCUACUGGAAGUACCCGAGCCACGAGCACCGUGUCAACUUCACCGUGCUGCUGGCCGACCUGCGCAAUUCCUACGCGCGCGACGGCCUGCUCGUGUCGGUGGUGCUGCCCAUCAACACGCGGCUGCGGCGCGAUUCGUACUACGUACAGUCUGUCUACGAGAACCUGGACGUCGUGCUGGUGGACGGGCACCGGUCGGUCGACCCGCGCCACUUCCCGCUAGCCACGUGCGCGACGCCCGUGCGCACCCUGCUCCGCACUUGGCACCAGGGCCAGUACGGCCUGAUGCGCGUGCUGGACGACCUGACGCUGGAGACGGACGACUACCGCAAGACGGUUCUGAGCGUCUCCUUCGCGGGCCUCUCCUUCACGCUGCGCCACAAGAGCCUGCACCGCGUGGGCGCCGCGGCCGCCGGGCCCGGCGCGCCCGGCGCGCGCACAAACGAGUCCGGCCUGCUGAGCUACGUCGAGGUGCAGGAGCGGCUCCGCAACGAGGGCUGGAAGCGCGCCUACCACCGCUACGGCCACUGCCCGUUCGCCAGGAAGGAGCUCCAGUGGGUCGCGUACGAGGACGAGGAGAGUGUGGCCGACAAGGCCGUGCUGACCUCCGUGUGCGCGGGGCUCGCCGUCUGGGACGCCGACAUGGACGACUUCGCCGGCGUCCUGGGCAAGCCGUGUCCCCUGCUGCGCAAGGUUUACGAAGUGGUGCACGCGAGCGCGUCGAAGCGCAAGAACCCCGGCCCGCCGAGGUCGUACCGAAAAUUCUUUUAAGGCACUUGUGGCAGAACUAGACCCACGUGAUUGAACAGUUUAGGCCAUUAUGCGAGUAUGCGUAUAAAGCAUUGCCGCCAGGGCGGCGCUUUGCCCUAAUUUUUUUUUAAUUGCACGAACAUGCGGCUUAAAAAACGCGAAGUUUCGUGGCAGUGAAAACCAUGUGCUCGAUGUUGGUGUAGCGUUACCUAGUAUAUUGGCGUACCUACUGUGGCAAACGGGUCAAUAAAGUUUGUCACUUAUGCGUGUAAAAAA